AUGCGUUCUUCCCCGCUUUCGUCUACGUCUCCGCGGAGUUCGUCGGAAAGUGAGACACUCACGGUUCAUGGCUAUGUCCGGUCCGUGAGGAAGCAGAAGCGCAUCGCCUUUGCUGUCAUCGGCGAUGGCUCGACUUUAUCGACAGUGCAGGCUGUAUUGUCACCUCAACUAGCAGAAGACCUAUCAACUGGAGCCGCUGUGACCGUGACUGGGAAAUGGACACCAUCGCCGGGUGGGAAGCAGUCUCACGAGCUUCAAGUUGAAGACAUCCGUGUGCUUGGAGCUAACGAUGCGACCACAUCUCCCAUCCAAAAGAAGUACCAGUCAGCAGAGUACCUCCGUACUAUUCCCCACUUACGACCUCGACUACCCGUCAACGCUCUGCUUCUGCGGCUGAGAUCUCUCGUCACCGCGCAGGUGACAAGCUACUUUGCCAAGAACGACUUCAUCCAAUGCCACCCACCCAUCAUUACUUCUUCCGACUGCGAGGGAGCCGGAGAGGUCUUCACCAUCGAGCCUGCUGCGUCUGAUGCUACACCAGCACGUGUGCCUGGUCAAUCAGGUCAGGCUAAGAAACUGCGUGACCCCUUCUUCGGCUCGCCAAAGUACUUGACUGUCUCCAGUCAGCUCCACCUGGAAGCGCUUGCUCAGUCUGUCGACAAAGUAUGGACGCUUUCUCCCACAUUUCGCGCCGAGAAGAGCGACACAGCCCGUCACCUCAGCGAGUUCUACAUGCUAGAAGCUGAAGUAGCUUUUGUCGAAAACCUCCAAGAUGUCAUGGAUGUGGUGGAGGACAUGCUGCGCUCCGUUGCACAGGAACUUCAGUCCUCACGUGUAGGUCAAGAGCUACUCGAGGCUCGGGCACGGGAUCAGGGCGAAGAGGGUACAUCCGUGUCGCACGACACACUCGCACAACGAUGGCAGGGUCUUGUUGACGGACCGUGGCCGCGAAUCAAGUAUGCUGAGGCGAUACGACAUCUGAAGGAGGCGACUGCACAAGGCAAGGCCACGUUCGAGUUCUGGCCUGAACACGAGGAUGGUCUGCAGACAGAGCAUGAGCGCUAUUUGGCUGAGCAUUUCGGCAAAGGCGGGCCCAUCUUCGUCACAGACUACCCUCGUUCGAUGAAGCCAUUUUACAUGCUGCCAUCGAGUCCGUCUGGGUCAGACACAGUGGCAUGUUUCGACCUCCUUGUGCCCGAGAUCUGCGAGCUGGUAGGCGGCUCGAUGCGUGAACACCGCCUGCCCGAGCUGCAACAGUCGAUGGCCGACCACGGCCUCCCCGCAGCAGCUGACAGCAGCGCCGAGGCAUCAGACGGGUCCCUGCAGUGGUAUCUGGACUUGAGACGAUACGGCAGUGUGCCACACGGAGGAUUCGGUCUAGGCUUCGACCGCCUGAUCUGCUAUCUCUCUGGAGUGCAAAAUAUCAGGGAUGUUGUUGCAUUCCCGAGAUAUCACAAGAAGUGCGACUGUUGA